CGCUGUUUUGUGUCGAACAGUGUUUUUGUGGAAAUUUUUACCAAUUUUCAAAUUUCGAUCCAAUUUUUUUUGAUAAUAAUAAACAAAGAGAAAAAAUGUCGACAACGAAAAAGGCGAAUCCAACAAUGCCGGAUGAUCUUUCCAAUGUAGAAUUUGAAACCAGUGAAGAUAUCGAAGUGAUUUCGAGUUUUGAUUCAAUGAAUCUGAAUGAAGAUUUAUUGCGUGGAAUUUAUGCAUACGGUUUUGAGAAACCAUCAGCCAUCCAACAACGUGCUAUUCGACCGAUAAUCAAAGGCCGUGAUGUGAUUGCACAGGCACAGUCUGGUACUGGUAAAACGGCUACAUUCAGUAUUGGUGUACUGCAAUCGAUUGACAUACAAACACGUGAAACGCAAGCAUUAAUUCUCAGUCCAACACGAGAGCUUGCAUUGCAAAUUCAGAAAGUUAUUCUGGCGUUGGGUGAAUUCAUGAAUGUACAAUGUCAUGCUUGUAUCGGUGGACGAACUUUGGGCGAAGAUAUUCGAAAAUUGGAUUACGGCCAACAUGUUGUUGCGGGAACACCUGGUCGAGUGUUUGAUAUGAUUCGACGACGUAAUCUUCGAACUAGAUCAAUCAAAUUAUUGGUAUUGGACGAAGCUGACGAAAUGCUCAACAAAGGAUUCAAAGAACAAAUCUAUGAUGUAUAUCGUUUUCUUCCGCCAUACACACAGGUUGUAUUACUAUCGGCUACAUUGCCACAUGAAAUCCUUGAAAUUACAUCGAAAUUUAUGACCGAUCCGAUUCGUAUCCUGGUCAAACGUGAUGAAUUAACGUUGGAAGGUAUAAAACAAUUUUUCGUUGCAGUCGAACAUGAAGAAUGGAAAUUCGAUACAUUAUGCGAUCUAUAUGAUACGUUGACCAUAACACAGGCAGUCAUUUUUUGUAACACUAAACGUAAGGUCGAUUGGUUGACCGAAAAGAUGAAGGAAGCAAAUUUUACCGUAUCAUCUAUGCAUGGUGAUAUGCCACAAAAAGAACGUGAUUCAAUUAUGAAAGAAUUUCGUCAAGGCAAAAGUCGUGUAUUGAUAACCACAGAUGUAUGGGCACGUGGUAUCGAUGUACAACAAGUAUCAUUAGUAAUCAAUUAUGAUUUGCCAAAUAAUCGUGAAUUAUACAUUCAUCGUAUUGGUCGAUCUGGUCGUUUCGGACGAAAAGGUGUGGCCAUCAAUUUUGUCAAAUCAGAUGAUAUCCGUAUUUUACGUGAUAUUGAACAAUAUUAUUCCACACAAAUCGAUGAAAUGCCAAUGAAUGUAGCGGAUUUAAUUUGAA